AUAUGAAGAAAUAGACCUUGAAACAGGAAUACUGGAAACCAAAAGAGAUCCCGUACCUUCAGAUGAUAUUUAUCCCGUCCACAUGAUUUUGGAUAAUAAAGAUGGCAUACAAGGGUCCUGCCAGUAUUUUAAAGAGAGAGUAGAUAUCACUGAUCAGAUAAGGAGGAAGGAUUUGCAGCCUUGUUAUACUUACGUAGAAGCUAUUGAAAAAUGGGGAGAGAAGCUAGUCAUUGUUGCUUCCCAAGACCAGCGUUACAGAGCUUUGAUAGGCUGGGAGGGGGACCCCGACUUAAAACUCCCUGACUUCUCCUACUGCAUACUGGAGCGCUUAGGGCGUGCGAGGUGGCAGGGAGAGCUGCAGAGGGACCUUCACAGCGGGGCUUUCAAAGUGGAUGCUGGAAAAAUUCAUUAUCACCGAAGAGUAUUGGACAGAAAUGGUCUCAUAACAAUGCAGUCCCAUGUCAUAAGACUACCAAGUGGAGCACAGCAACACUCAAUUCUUCUGCUUCUGACUCGCUUUCAUGUUGAUAGGAGGAGCAAGUAUGAUAUUCUGAUGGAGAAGCUCUCAAGUAUGCUAAGUGCACGUUCAAAACAGAUGGAAACGUUGGGAAAUCUGAGGGAAGAACUG